AAACAAAGAGUAGCCGAACGGAUUACACACUUCAACGCUUCAACACAUAUACUCAGAUAUCAGAUAUAUUAGAGAUUGUUCCGUUGUUUUCAGAAAGGCGAAUGCUCUAGUUCUGAGAGCUUACAACUCUACGAAAGCAAAGCAAUAACUCCAUGCCUCCUUCUCUCUAUAAUAUACUCGCUAAAAUCCUAUCACUUAGCAACUAAGAACCCCUCCUGAUCAAGUGAUUGUGUGGUGCUAGCGCUGAUGGCUCGUGCGAGCCUGUUUGUGGGGAUUUCGUAUAUUUUCCCAUACAAUUGCCCCUCUAAUAAACCCAAAUUGUGUUCCUCGGUCACCGCUCUUUGUGGUCAGUGAGGCAGCUUUAACAAUCCCUUUGUCUUUGGUGUAAUUAUACGAUGUGCAGUGAAACGGAUAAUAAGAAAAUUACCCGUACUUUUUGUGCCCGCGACAAACGAUACCGAGUGUCGGUACGCCGUUUUGUGGGCGGUGACUCAGAGGCAAUUCUCUUGUGUGGGGGUUUAGAGACUGUCAACCGAUCUUCAAAUAAUCACAAAAAACUGGCGUGUAAACACAAGUGGCUUUGAAUAAUCGUGGAACGGUUCUAUUUGAUUACCACGCGCACGAGGGGAGUACUCUUAGAAUAUCUUGACAGACUUGUCGAAUAGAGUUAAGUGUGUAGCUAAAGUUUCUCUUCCCAGUAAAACAAUCUAAGCACGGAGCAGGUGCCCGCACUCAAUGCACGUGUAUAUUGCGAUCACUUGUUCGAUGGAGCUUUUCCGUGCUUGAUCACUUGUUCCAAACGGUCUUGUACUCAAUUGCUUUCUGAUUAUACAGCAGUUGGUCCUUCCGGCCUGAACCACUAGAUAGAAUAUCGGCGAGGUAAAGUUGGGUAUGGAAAUUAUAGUCUUUUGUCCAGCAAUUAUAGCGAGAUGUGAAGUAAUCAACCGAUCUCAUAACAAUACAUCGGCAAGCCCGUCUGUGACCGCUAACGGUGCAACUUGUCCUUGAAACUCUCAGAUGAAGAGCUUGAGGUCCAUUCGAAAAACUUUUCGGAUAGAACAAGUUGUUUAUUUCUGCACGUGCGAGAAAUAACUCUAGAGCUUGGGAUCCAGUCACAUGACAAUCAAUCAAACUGUCAUGUGUCAUUAGUUGGCGAACAAUGGGGUUCUCUGACGGACGCCCCUGUAGUAAUAGUUCAGUUGUUGAGGUGACAGCAGCUUAGGCCAGUACCGUCUCGCUGCAUAUUACGAACCAUUUAACGGAAUCUUAUAUUACGGGCGCCACGCACGAUUCGUAUAUAACACAACACACUCGGUUACAGCCGCGCUCAUCCUAUGCGCACCUCGACGUUUCACCACCACCCCUGCAGGUGCUGUGUUCGGAAAUAACAGCGAGCCUCGACUAAGUUAAACCGGCAGAGUGUGCGGCUAUUGUAUGACCGGUUUAUUGCCGCGGAAGGACCUUCAACUCCUUUGGGAAUUUUAAGAGGCUUCGUGUUGGUUGCACGCGUCUUCGUGGUGGAAACACCAUCAGAGUUGUUAUUCCUGUGGAGCUAUAAACUAAGGAUUAUUAACCCUUAAUAUGACUAUGGAGGACAUGGAAUACCGUGCUAUAUACGCGAGGGGAAAGCCUCAAAAUUGCGGCCAAAACGGCCGAGUAAAUAUCUGCACUGGCUGCAACGAGCCUAUCGAAGAUCGCUUCCUCAUGAAAGUCGUGGACGAAGCGUGGCAUGAGAGCUGUCUCCAGUGUUGUAUUUGUCGUUCUCAGCUCUCGCGCUCUUGCUUUAGCAAGGACCGCAAACUCUACUGUCGGACAGACUACGAAAAAGUUUUCGGGACCAAGUGUAGCGGCUGUAAGAAAACCAUCCCCGCCAAUGAACUUGUAAUGCGAGCUCUGGGAAAUGUGUACCACUUACACUGUUUCGUGUGCACUAUGUGCGGACACAUCUUAGAAAAGGGCCAGGAGUUCGCCCUCAAAGACAAUAAAUUGUACUGCAAGGCCGACUUUGCGAAAUUACCGAAACUAAACAGCAGAUCGAAAGCAAAUAGGAACAGCAACAAUAAUAACAACACAACGAGCAUCGAUGCAACGAGUAUAAACCGUCAACAAGAAAAUGUUAGUAAUAAUACAAUGCCGACCGAAAGGGACAUCAAAGAAGAAAUAAAAACCGAGGCAAACUCUGACUCGGACGAUUCUUCGGUUCAUGGAGACGAUGAUGACGAUAAAAAAGGACCGAAAAGACCGCGAACAAUCCUUACGAGUCAGCAACGUAAGGUAUUCAAGUCAGCCUUCGAAAUCAGCUCCAAACCCUGUAGAAAGGUUCGCGAGGAGUUGUCUCGCGAGACAGGCUUGAGUGUAAGAGUGGUCCAAGUCUGGUUCCAGAAUCAAAGAGCAAAGGUACAGAAAUCAAUAAAAAAGCUCGCCCGUAGAAAUAACCCAGAUUCGGAUGGCGCUAGUAGCUGUAGAGUCAGUAACAGACAACGCAGCAUUAAGAAGUCAAAGGAUGGAAAAGGAAGCCCACGGGACAAACGUCGUGGAGAUCGCGACUUACUAGACAUCCCACCUUCUCUCUCACCCCCUCAGGGGAUGCCCGUGUCACAUUCUCCGUACAUGAUUCAGCAGUACCAAGGAAUGGCCAACCACAUGGGCUCCAUGGUACCCCCCGGAUACCCCUACCAACCAACGCUCAGCCACAUGGAUUCCGGGAGGGACAUGCAAGUAGACCCUUCCAUGCAAGGCCUGGACGAGUGCAUGAUGCCUCCGCACCAGUACCCCCAGGAAAUGGGUGGUUACCCCCCCGUCUCCAACCAUAAUGGUCAGAAUCAUUUAGAGCUUAUGCAUGACAUGAUUAACUCCUUCUAAUGAUCGAGGCACGGCCGGUGGGGACCCCCCUUAGGCUGAGUCUAGCCGGUAGCGACCCCCCACGGGUCGUUCGGAGCGCUAGGGAGAUCCUUACCGGCUGUUUGGUAAUAUAGGUUAUAGGUUCAUUCUCUGUUGCGUUAUGGGAGUAUAUUAUGACGUUUUAAUUAAAAUGUACAUAUUUGUCUCAUCUAUUGACGGUCAUAUUUGUAGCCCUUGUUUUCCUAACAUCUCUAUUUAGAAAUUAGUGCAUUUGCACUUUCUAAUCAGCUGAAUACACUAUACAUCAACUUUUUACACAUGCGUUAUCGGUUAUUCAAGCCUUACUCUAAGGUUACAUAUAACAGAAGAACGUUUUUAAACCCACAUGCACACAAAAUAAUGGUAAUAUCAAAUGAUAUGUUGAGCUUUGGCUGUUUCCCGACAAACCGUUCGCGCCACUCGUCGUACUCAGGCUUUCUGUUUUUUGUUUUGUUUUGUUUUUCUCAAAAAUUCAUUUCUUAUUCAAUCGUCGUUCAUUGUCAGUACGAAACUCUACAUAUCUACAAAAUCUUUUACCGGCAAAUUCGGCAUGUUAAUUGCAUUUAACUUUUAUUACGCAGGUCUUCUAUAGAAAGCCAAGCCUCGAUGUGAGGAAGACAAUUACUACGCAGGGGAGGGGGGUGGGGGAACUGUGCCAGUAGAUAGGGAAUGGUUCAUUUUCUGUAUACACUGUCAUGUUCGGGUUUGUCAGGACUGAAUUUACUUGCAAAUACUCUUAAAAGCUAAGCUUUCAAAAUCCUGGUCUCGUUAGACAGGUUACAACCAUUGUACAUUCGUUAUACUCCCAUGAUGCAACGCAAGAGAAAUACCCAGAGUGGCGUUAUGCCGAGAAUAUAUAUACAUUAUAUAAAAUUAUGAAUAUAAGAUAUGUGUGAAGUAUUCUGUGAAUAAGCUGUGAAAAAGUGCUUCGAAAAUGUCCCAUUUUACGCCUCAUAGCUACUACGGAAUUUCCUUUGAAUAAUCAAUUCCAGAUGAGAAUUCUUAGAAAAUUUCCGUGAUGGCUUCGAAGAAGAUUGGUUUCAGCUUAUGGCUGGUCUCGUAAAUAUUUUUGUUUGACGUCAUUUUCUGCAACGUUACUUCUCCUGCUUCCCAUUGAUAACUUGUAGUCGCCAUCUUGAAUUUAGUUGUUCUGAACUAAUUUAACUUCGUGUCUUCGUGCACUGAUUGCUGGGUAGAAUUUAUGAGUUGACGAAUUGCAUGCUGGUUAUGGCAUUGCGAGGAGACGAUAAUUAGCAGUAUAUGACGUCAUACAUUAGUAUUCGUAUAAAAAUAACACUACCAUAUAAGAAAUUCCAGUGGCGUUGUGUCAAUCUUUGCAUUGUCAUUUUGCCAAACAAGCUCGGAGUAGUCUAAGUCAUUGUCAAUAGUCAAAAGAACAAAGCUUAAAACUUAACUCUUCUCAACUCUCUCCAAAAACGUACUCGUGGCAAGAGCUGGCCUGGAUACACUACCUAAUAGAUGAGUAGGUACGUAGCUGCUUUGUCUACUAUUAUCUUUGCUCUACAAAGGAGUUCUUUUGUCUCUAUUCUUCUCGUUCUUUGUGUCGAGGUGCGGAUAUUGUUAUUUGCCCAAUCAAAUUGCAGCUUUUAAGAGCUGCGUACUGACCCUAAUAGAUAGCUUGAUGCGCCAAUUUAUUAAAAUAUGGGCGAAAAUAAAUUUAAUAAAUUUUAGCUUCAAUACAUGUCAGUCUGAGGGGGAAGGCCCCAAUAAAACGCCAUUAGUCUACUAUUGUAACAGUAUAAAAAAGGUAGAAAUGUUAGUUUUUGCAUUGUUGGGUGAUCGUAUCGACAGUGACUUGGAUAAAGUGUAACUAUAAUAUGUAUAUUAAAUCAACUUAAGUUAUUAAAUCUACAAAUAUGUAAAGAAUAUGUUACUGGAAGUAAAAAGAACAUGUUAACAUGA